AGUGAGUGACUGGAUGAAAUGUACCGACACAUAUAGCCAGCGCAAAUUCUAUUAGAAACAUUUUCUCUGACCAGUCAUUGAGGUUUUGAAUAUCCCUCUUCAAUCAACUGCCAAGACUGGACCAGUUUAUUUAUUUUUUCUAAUCUGUAAACUAAAAUUGGGCAUGACCAUGGGGGCCAGGCUGUGGGUGUAGCCACUGAGACAGCUGGGGGAGAGCGAGAGAGGAGGAAAGGCAAGCCAGCACCAGCCAAGCACCCUGCACUCCUCCUGGGAAAGAUGGGGGAGACAGAGGAGGAGAAGGACCAGGCAGGGAAGCUGUUUGAGAAUUUCAUCCAGGCCUCCACCUGUAAGGGCACCCUGCAGUCCUUCAACCUCCUGUGCAGGCUGCUGGAUCUAGACCCUCAGGACCAUGAGACGUUCUACUGUAGUCUGAAGACCAGGCUCACCUCCUGGAGGGCCAAGGCCCUCUGGACCAAGCUGGACAAGAGAACCUGCCACAAGGAGUACAAGAAGGGCCAGGCUUGUGUGGGCACCAAGUGCCUGAUCAUUGGGGGAGGUCCAUGUGGCUUGCGGACGGCCAUCGAGCUGGCUCUGCUGGGGGCCAAGGUGGUGGUGAUUGAGAAGAGGGACACCUUCUCCAGGAACAACGUGUUGCACCUGUGGCCCUACACCAUCCACGACCUCAAGGGCCUCGGGGCCAAGAAGUUCUACGGCAAAUUCUGCGCUGGAGCCAUAGACCACAUCAGUAUUCGUCAGCUCCAGCUCAUGCUGCUGAAGAUCGCCCUGCUCGUAGCUGUGGAGUUCCAUGUCAAUGUGGAGUUUGUCAAACUGCUGGAACCUCCAGAGAACCAGGAGAAUGACGGGCCUGGCUGGAGAGCUGAGAUCAGGCCUUCCGAUCACCCCAUGGCAAACAUUGACUUUGACGUGGUGGUGGGGGCUGAUGGGAGGAGAAAUACCCUGGAAGGGUUCAAGAGGAAGGAGUUCCGUGGUAAGCUGGCUAUCGCCAUCACGGCCAACUUUGUCAACAGGAACACCACGGCCGAGGCCAAGGUGGAGGAGAUCAGCGGUGUAGCCUUCAUCUUUAACCAGAAGUUCUUCCUGGACCUCAAAGAGGAGACAGGUAUUGACCUGGAGAACAUUGUGUACUACAAGGACAACACACACUACUUUGUCAUGACAGCAAAGAAGCAGAGCCUACUGGACAAGGGUGUCAUCAUUCAUGACUACAUAGACACAGAGAUGCUGCUGUGCAGUGAGAAUGUGAACCAGGAAGCUCUGCUGGGUUACGCCCGCGAAGCUGCUGACUUUGGCACCAACUACCAGCUUCCCACGCUGGACUUUGCCAUAAAUGCCUGUGGCCAGCCGGACGUGGCCAUGUUUGACUUCACCAGCAUGUAUGCCUCGGAGAACGCAGCGCUGGUCAGAGAACGCUUCGGACAUCAGCUACUGGUGGCACUGGUUGGGGACAGCUUGUUAGAGCCGUUCUGGCCAAUGGGUACAGGGUGUGCGAGAGGCUUCCUAGCUGCUUUUGACUCAGCCUGGAUGGUGAAAAGGUGGGCUGAGGGCAGGACCCCUCUGGAGGUGCUAGCUGAGAGGGAGAGUCUUUACAGAAUCCUGCCGCAGACAACCACUGAAAACAUUGGCAAAAACUUUGAGCAGUACACCAUUGACCCUGGGACUCGGUAUCCCAACCUCAUCUCCACCUGUGUCAGGCAAAACCAGGUGCGUCACCUGUACAUCAAUGGAGAGCUGCCAGUGAAGUCGUGCUCUCUGGAGCGUAAUGCUACAAUACGUCACCCUGUGAACCUGGCCAGACGAGAGUCGGAGAUCAGGCCGGGCAGGCUGCUGACAUGGUGUCAGAAACAGACCGAGGGCUACAGGAACGUGAGCGUGACAGACCUGACCACCUCGUGGCAGAGUGGCCUGGCUCUCUGUGCCCUCAUCCACCGGUUUAGAUCCCACCUCAUAGAGUUUGAUUCGCUGAAUGAGGAGGAUUCGGCUAACAACCUCCAGCUGGCAUGUGACCUGGCUGAGCGGGAGUUUGGGAUCCGGCCCUUCACCACUGGGGUGGAGAUGGCUGCUGGUCAGGAACCAGACAAGACCAGAAUGGUCACCUACCUCUCCAAGUUCUACGAGCUGUUCCGUGGCACCCCCCUCCCCAUCUCAGAUUCUAGAGGGGCCGACGAAAACAGUGAAGACUAUCCUUCAAAGGCAGUCAGAAGUAUGAACAAAGUUCUGAACUUGGUACCAAGAAAAAGGGUACCAAAGGAUGAGAAGAAGCUAGAAGAUACCGACCCAACGUACAAAAGGAGACGAAAAGUCUGCAGUUAUUUGGAAGAGGCAACCAACUUCUCCAGUCAGAGUGCGUCCUGUGUGGGUGAGGGGAGGGGGGUUAAGGAGAACAAGGUCCGCUCCAUGGCCAGCCAACUCCUGUCCAAGUUUGAGGAGAGCAACCCCAGCUUCACCCUCCGGAGACAGACUCAGUGUGAUUGGGGUUCUGAGAGGGCCCCUCGGCCACGCUCCAUGGACAUGACUGAGACCCCACGCUUCACCAACCUCAGGCAGCAGACCCCACUCAACCCUCCCCCCAAGACACAGUUUCCGUCUGCAACCUGUGCCAAAUAUGCAGCUGAGUGCAUCGCUCGGCCCCCACCACAGCCUCCUCCCAAACCCAAGCUCUCUCCCCAGCUCCAAGCCCAGCUUCAGUCUCAGCACCAGCCCCAACCCCAGUUCCAGCCCCAACCUAAGCUCCAACCCCCAUCCAUCCCAAAUCCCACCCUCAGGAAGGUCAGACAGGCUGAUCAGACAUGUGCUCAGACGCAACCUCAGACGCUUCCUCAAAAGCCAGAGAGCACAGAGUACCCUGUCUACUCUCCCUCCUGCCACUCAGCAGUCCUAGCCAUGUCUAGAAUGCUCCAACGCCUUCAGGAAGUGGAGGAAAAGAUCACCCAGAAGAAAGCUCAGACCCAGAAUGCUAGAGAGUUUCAUAAUAAAAGUAUCAAGGAGAAAGCGGUCCACCUGAGAGCACUGUUCUCUGGGGAUGUGACCUCUACGUCCCAGAGGACGGUGGGGAAGGUGUCUCUGGCUAUAGCAGCCAGGGCUGAGACGCUGGUCACCCUCUAUGAGACUGACCACAGGCCUAAAGCCUCCUCCCCCUGUUCACCCCCAGCGCCUCUGUCUCCGGGUUCCUUGCGGAGGGAGUUCCCUGGGUCUGGUGACCAGUGUCACUCCUGUCAGAAGCGCGUGUACGUGGUGGAAAGGAUCAGUGCUGAGGGACUUUAUUUCCACAGGGAGUGCUUUCGCUGUGACACCUGUGGCUCCAUCCUGCGCCAGGGAGGCCAUGCCUUCGACUCUGAGCAGGGCAAGUUGUACUGCAAGCUGCACUUCACACAACGUAAAAAUGGAAUGAACCAUCGGAGGACAUUCAAUUCACAUCUGGGAGCCGGGGUUCAGGAGGGAUCAGGGACACAGACUCCUGACUGUGACACAACAGAAGGACGGCAGAGCCAGUCACCAGGUACCAUCAGCUCCCGCCUGAGGAAGUGCCUGAGCUGGCCCCUGAGUGUGACCCGGGCUGUGUGUGACUCCCCCCGCCUCCUGUCUCGCUGGGUGCAUGGUACGGCCCAGGCUGCGGGCCUCCACUUUAGAGCCAAUGUGCAGGACUAUGUCUUCCUGUAUGAGCUGCUGAGCCUGGGAGUGCCCCUGCUGUUCAUGCUCCAGGAGGUGCUGCUGCAGAUGUACUCUGAAACCGGGCCUGUCUCCCAGUCCAUCCAGCCCCUACUGCUGUGGCUGGAGGAACACCUAGGCCAUAGGCUCAUGUAGAGGCCCACCAGGGAGGGAAGCCUAAUCCUAACCCUAACCCUAUCCCUAACCCUAUCCCUAUCCCUAACCCUAUCCCUAUCCCUAACCCUAUCCCUAUCCCUAUCCCUAACCCUAUCCCUAUCCCUAACCCUAUCCCUAUCCCUAUCCCUAACCCUAUCCCUAUCCCUAACCCUAUCCCUAUCCCUAUCCCUAACCCUAUCCCUAUCCCUAACCCUAUCCCUAUCCCUAAUCCUAUCCCUAAUCCUAACCCUAACCCUAUCCCUAACCCUAACCCUAACCCUAACCCUAUCCCUAACCCUAUCCCUAUCCCUAACCUUCAUGCAAUAGGGUCUGAAGCCUGGCCGAACAUUAACUGGCGUAUCUUGCAUUUGUGCCAUGUCAUAUGAUGGCAAGCUACCGUUUGACCAUGUGUACAAGCACCUUGAUAAUAUUUUCUCACAGAAUAUGUAGCUGUCAGUGCAUUAGAUCUAGUCCUACACCAACCAAAGAACAAAUAACAUUUCCCAAGUGGUAGCUUGGACUGUGAUACGUGCGAUGUUUUCAUGAACAUGACAGUUUUCUUUAUGAUGAGGGGUAAUGUGCUGUACAUGGUUUCAUGGUGGUCUAAAUCAUUUACGGUAUGUUGUUGAUAUGACUGCUGAAAUCAUCCAAUCUAUAUUGCUCUAGAGUUGAGUCUUUCAACAACUGGCUGUCAAAGUCGAGCCAGUUUUUACGUGGCUUAACUCAGGUAAUGAUAGAUUUUUUUGCGUGGAAAAAGUAAUCUAAAUGAAAAGACUGACUUGAAGCACUUUAACUUGGGUAGCUGCCUUGACCUGUGGCUGAUGCCUGAUGAAUGGUGUGGGAGUUAAUGGCUGCCUAAUGGCUGUCCAGGCCUUGGAUAAUGACUAGUGCUGACGCUGCACGUUUACUAAACCCUGCUGAACUCACAGGUCAGGGUCGGGGUCGGGUCGGGGGCCAACGUGGAUCUGUGCUCGACAAGAUUUUCUCAUCUUUUUUUUCAAUUUCAAUAUAGUUUGACACAAAUUAAAAUGUUCAUGUUUUUAUUGUAAGAUCUCGUAUGACACCGUGACCAUAGUGUACUUUCGCAACACAUUAUGAUAACUUUUAUUACUUUAGUUUAUGGCCCAGUGCCUCCAGUAUUUUUGUGCAUUGUCCGUUGUACUUAAAAAGGGGAAAAGGUUUCAUGGACAUGGGCUUUGGUUUACUACUCCAGUUCAUGGACUGUUUAAUGCUUACUCAUUGCUGCCACCUGUUGGUGAAACAGAUGCAAGGCCAAAUUCUAUUUACUGUUUGAUCAGGUGGAAUAAGAGACAAUCUUCUAAAGAGUUGUUGUAUGUUUGUAAUAGAGGAGGUUUUUCUUCAUUUUUAUUAUUUGUACAGGUCUAUUUUACUUCAAUAUGUUUUUCAGAAUGUUAAGAAUAUUGCUGAAUUGAAUAGUUCAGAAGGACUGAAUCAGACAUGAUAACACAGGCUAUGUUUGAAUGCUGUGGUGUGUAUGUGCUUGCCACUCAUCUCACUGUUAAUAACCAUGUUAAGUAUGAUAGCAGGAUCUCAGCUUUAUUACCAAUACAAAUUCCAAAGAUACAGUUGGUGCACUUUAAAAAUGAGAAGUGUUUUCAGCCCUAACCAGAAGUUACAUCAUUCAUGCAGUACACUGUACAGUGCUAAAUUGCAUGUUGUUGAAUAGCACAAUCUCAUGUUAUCUAACAAUUGCAAAGUUUCUAUGCAUUGUAACUGGAUUUAAUCCUUCCUCUGAUUUUUCUCUAUAUUCUAACCUACUAUAUUUCCUUCCUUUCAUUUCUAUUCUUGUUCACUUGGAAGUCUAUUUUCAACUUUCUGAUGAUGGGCCUCCUGAUUGGUUAGGAGACAUGCCAUUCUGAAGGUGAUCACCUGCAUGGUCACAUGGUUUUGUGAAUAAUGUUUUGGAGUGAAUGCUUUGUUAGAUUAGUCCAAUUACUGUCAGCAUUUCCACACACAAGUAAAAAAUGCUUCUAACCCUGUGUUUGAGCUACCGACAGCAGUUUUUAGCAUAGGAUUUUUCUAUUUCGUCUGCAUCCGCCGAUAUUAGAUCCCAAAAACAAUUCUUCUCACAAAAAUGUCUAAUCUACAAACUAUUAUGACCGUACUCUGAAAGGCUAAGACUCUCACAGACACGUAAAUGUAAUCUGGUCUGCUCUAUGACGCUCAUAAGCCAAUCAAGAGUUGUCAGGAGGUAAGAGGUUCUUCUUAGUAGAUCAUAGGAAAUCUCAGGACAUAGUGUCUAUAAACUCACAUAGUUGCUGUCACAAACUCCAUGCUCCACACAGUUGUCACUGACUAGUUGGAUAUUAAUUUCCCACUAAGCAAACCAUUUUUGAAUUUACAAUUGUAAUUAUUAUAUACUCAUUUUUAAUCAGCUUUUUUUGGGGCUGGACCUUGUUCUUUUAUAGACAUUUGUCAAUAAAACUCAUGAAUACAACUGUUUAUGUAAAAUGUUAUGUUCUACUUGUAGCCCUGGUUGUCCUGAAAAUAAAAUGGUAAAACACGUCAGUGAGGCUAAAUAUGUGGGAUUCCCUGGAACCUAUGAAGUUAUUAAACUACUAAUGUCUGUGUCCAGCACCCCCAACAGAACCAUAACUACAGCACACACUUGUUAUAGGUUGAAACACAUCAUAAUACCAUGAUGUUCAAAGUCACAUCUUCUAAGAGACUGUCUUUUCAGUGUCUGCAUGCAUAACAAGGAAACUGUGGUGUGUGGACUGCAUUGGUCUUCCCGAGUGCAUGUUGAACAAUUGACAGACAGCUUUCUGUCAUGUAAAGGCAUGCCACUUUUUCUCCCAUCUUUUGCCAUCUUUUCUUUCUCUCUUCCAGACGCUGUCACCCAGGAUAACUUUUUCUUGACCCACACAAACAAAGGGAAUGAAUCUCCCAACAGGUUCUUAGCUCAUGUUGUCUUAAAUGAAUACAUGGAACAAUGUUUUAUGGGACUUCAAAUGCAGCCUGCUUUUCUCAUGGAGAUUCUGUGUUGCUUUAUGUAUGACCUAAAGCAACAAAUGUAAAUAAAGUGAUUUGCCAUCUUGA